CGCCUUUUUUCAUUCCCGGAAUAUCCAGAUGUCUCUGCAGCAGCCUCUGUCACCCUGUGAGCUGCAGGUACUCGGAGAUCUGUAGGGACGACACCCGGACUUCCCGGAAGCUGGGAAAUGGAACUGCUGACAUUCAAGGACGUGUCUGUGGAGUUCUCUAUGGAUGAGUGGGCCUGCCUGGACCCUGCUCAGCAGACUUUGUAUCGGGAUGUCAUGUUGGAGAACUACAGACACCUGGUCUUCCUAGGUCUUACUCCAUCUAAGCCCCACCUCAUCACCUGUCUGGAGCAAAGCAGAGAAUCCUGGAAGGUGAAGACACACCAGACAGUAGUCAAGCACCCAGCAGUAUCUAACCAUCCUGAGCAAGACCAUUUGCAAGAUCUGGACACAAAUAUUUUAUUCCCAGAGAUAAUCCUAAGGAGAUAUCGCAACUGUGCACCUGACAAUUUAAACUUAACAAAAGACUGUGCAGGUGUGUCUGAGUGUAAGCAGCAGAAAGUAUGUGACAGUGGACUUGACCACUAUUUAAUGGCUACCCAAACCAAAACCUUCCAAUGUAGUAAAUGUUUGAAAGUCUUCACACAAUUGUCAAAUCUAGGUAGACAUAAGAUGAUAGAUACAGUAGGGAAAACAUUUCACUGUAUAAAGUAUGGGAAAGCCUCUAACCCAUGCUCACAUGUUAGUAAACAUGAGAUAAUUCAUAUUGGAGAAAAACAGUACAAACGUAAAGAAGGUAGCAGAGUCUUCAGAUGUUGCUCAAACCUGUCUAAGCAUAAGAGACGUCCUACUGGAGAAAAACUCUAUAAGUGGGAAAAUGAUGGCAAAUGUCUCCACAGAUCAAAAUAUUGUACCCAUGACAGUAUUGAUAUUGGAGGAAAACCCUGCAACUAUGAAGAAUGUGACAAACUUACCAAGCAAUACUCACAACUUUCUGGACAUCAAAGAAUUCAUUCUGGAGACAAACCCUGCAAAUGUCAAGAAUGUAGGGCUGAAGAGAGACAGGGUCAGAUAAUACUAGGAGAUCCUUUGUCCAUCUUAAAAGGAACAAAAUGA